AGCUAUAUUAUGAAAAGGAGUACAAGAUCUUGACGUUGCUGGUGGAGCUUGUGAACCCCUCUGAACCUGAGAGCUACGCCGGCGGUAGCGCAGCUACUGAUGAAGAACGCGAUCGCGGACGAAAACAUGCUGUGGCCCUACGCUAACAUCAUCUACAAGACCGAAGACAGCGUCGGCUGCCCGGAGUCACCGCAGUGCGAGAUCCUCAUGAAGGCCAUGGAGCACUACCACCAGAAGUCCUGCGUUCGCUUCAAGGAGUGGACCGGCGAGCGCGACUACGUCAAGAUCUUCUUCAACCCCGACAGCGGGGCGUGCUGGUCGCCGGUGGGGCGCACGGGCGAGGGCGAGCAGCUGCUGUCGCUGGGGCAGCGCUGCUGGUACCUGGGCAUCGUGGUGCACGAGCUGGGCCACGCCGUGGGCUUCUGGCACGAGAUGAACCGGCCCGACCGCGACGCCUGGAUCCGCGUCUUCUGGAGGAACAUCCUGCCGGGCUUCGAGACCGCCUUCGCCAUGCACGACGCCGCCUCCGUCAACACGCUGGGCGAGCGCUUCGACUACCGCUCCAUCAUGAUGUAC